UACGCGAGCGUUACAACAUGGUGGCGACGGCAAGCUGAUGUCAAAAAUGCUUUAGCCGAAAAGUGUCGUGGAAAUUAGCAAAUUUCUGAACAGCACGAGUGAAAAUAAUCGUUUUAAUUGAAAUCGGGAACGAACACAUUGCACCUGGCUGGGAUCUGAUUGCACUGUGCUGGCAGCAGUUCUGCGGAAGAACAGGUAUUAAUGGUAGCUGCUGCCCUGAAGUUGGGCGAGCAGAAAGGCGAAAAAAUGGGUUUGCCAUGUGAAAAAGACACUGAUGACCAAUCGGCACAGAUUAACCUUGAGAGUAAAGGAGCCACUAAGGAUUCAGGUGAAGUUCUUGACUCUUCAGAGCCGCAGAAGAUGGAGUUAGAGAUGCAAAUGCCUGGACACACACCUAGCUCUGAGGGUCCCCCAGGCGUGAACCAGGAAACCCCAGUCAAUACAGAGGGAACCCAAAAGAAGCAAGCACCGAAGGCAAAGACUCCCGCCAAAAGGAGAAGAAAGGAGAUCGUUUCACAGACUCCACCACAACAUGACAAUUCAGCAGCCUCUGAUACUUCUGAACUCACUUCUAGUGGUCGGCCCAAGAGGAGAGCUGCGAAAGUUGCUUUAGAUUAUCUCCACAACCUUGCCAAGGAUCUUGGUGCUCCAUCAGAAUCCUCCAUGAAAGAUACAUCCAAAUCUGGUGAAGUAGAUGGCACUGACCAGAAAAAGAAAACGCCAAGGAGAAGGGGGGUGAAAAGAAAAAUUCCAGAUUAUGAAAGCGACUUGGAUGACGAUGAGGACUUUUCCCCAGGAAAAAACGAAGAGGCAGAGAGUGAAGAUGAAGAAGAAGAUUCAGAGCCAGACCUCAGCUUGAACGUGGAGCGCAGAUUAUCCAGACCACCCAGAGGAAAUUAUCAGUGUCUGCUUCCAAAUGGAUUGGCUAACAAUGUCAUGGAGCCUGUUUGGAACUGUUUUAGUAGGACCAAAAAAUUCCGGGAUGAAAACUUUUCCCCCUGGGUAUUUCCAGAGUGGAUUCCUUUUGCCAAAGAUUGGCAUUUUCUGUCUAACAGUGAGGCUGAAAAAUAUUUGCCCCAAGAGAAAGAAUCCGCUUCUUUUACCUUUACACGGGAAAGCAUCAAGGGACAGAUCAAACUGCAAACAGUGAAGAGGUAAGAUAUCAUUAGUUUACCACAUCAUUCUGAGCGCUGGGAUGCUCUUUUCUUUGUGGGGGGUCCUGUGCGGUCCUUGGAAUGGUGCCCAUGUCCUGACGGGGCAGCCACAAGACAGUAUGCUGCCAUCUACUGCCACAAAGGCAUGGAUGACGAACACAAAAUCAACAAACUGCACACAGGCCCUGUCUUACUGCAGCUAUGGGAAAUCGGAGACCUUCAGUGCAAAAGCAGGCCCUCGACUGCUCCUCAUCUAGCGUAUGCUUUGGCGAUAGAUUACGGAUGCAUCUGGAAUAUAAGGUGGUGUCCUGCGGGAGUGUGGGAGCUGCCCUCUACCAGCAGAAAGGCUCCACAGAUGCCUAGAUUAGGUGUUUUAGCAGCAGCUUUCUCUAAUGGAAGAAUUGGUGUCUACAGUCUUCCACACCCAGAAGCCCUUGCAGCACACCAUCAGAGUAAAGGAGAAACCAGCCAAGCACCGCUGAUAUGCCGGGUGAAGAAGGUUCUGACUUUGGAGAUGGGCUCCAACCAGGCAGAUCAUAAAGGUCAAAGUGGUCUGUGCUUUGCUAUGGAUUGGCUCCACGUCAAACCACAUAACCUCUUGGCUGCUGGCUUCUAUGAUGGUCUGGUUGGUUUGUGGGAUCUUGCUAGUAAAUCUACACUACUGAAAGUCAGGUCUCCAGAUGGUGGUGUGUCUCUCUACCCUUACCACUGUUUCCAUGCUCACGAUGAGAACAUCCGGACCCUGUGCUGGUGCAGAGCCUCAAGUAAUUUGUUGGUGACAGUCGGAGAUGACCGCAUGGCUAAAAUGUGGGACGUGAGAAAAACCUACAUGCCUCUUUUGGCAGUAAAGCGCUGCUUGUCCCCUGAAGUGUACUGGCCCCUCUUUUGGAGCGGCAUCCUGAUGGCUCAAGAGUGUUGCUUUGCUACGUUUGGACAACAUGGAGUUCACUAUUUUGAUUCAGGUUACCUUGGAAUCAAGCCUUACUUUGUAUGUCCUAGAAAAGCCACUGUUUGGAGCCUUACUUUGUCUGACUGGAUACAUACUUUUGCCGUUGCGGACAAUGGAGGAGAUUGUUUAUUUAGUUUGCUUCCUGAAAUAGACGUCGACCCCAACACUAUCAGACGACGGAGAUAUUCAGUGUACAGGACUGACAUGAUCCAGUUUGAACCCGGUCAGAGGCCUGGAGAUGAGGAACAGGAGGAGGAGGAAGUGAAAAAUGCUGCAAGUAAUCCUAGGAAGGAGCCACUGAGCUACAAAGGAGCAAUCAGAAAAUACUAUCUCCACUUUCAUGACUUGGAUCUGGGGUCCUAUGCUAAGAGUGAAAAUCGGCCCAUGAUGAAGCACCUGCACCAGCAUGAGGUCAAAGGUGUUGCUAAAGUGGACCAGAUGCCACUGAGCGCGCUCUACAAGGUCCGUUUUAACCCAAACAUGGAUGCAUACAACUGGAUCCUGUCAGGCGGGCAGUCGGGUUUGGUGCGUGUGAAUUGUGCACGUGGACUGAGCUGCUCCGUGAUGCUCAAGCAGUUGCGUGAAGCUCAAGCCCAGUUUAGCGCCAUGUUCCAGUCUCAGGAGCCCGAUGACUCUGCAACAGCUGUCCGUCACAGCACAGCGGCUACAGUACAAGUGCACUAGUCUCCACCCCCACACCCUCUCAGCUCUAUCCUGAAAUUGUCUGUGCUGUCAUAAUAGGCUGAGAGACUUUUAUUUUUAGAAGACUGAUGACACACUUUUUAUACUUAACUUAUAUUGAAAGAAGGAAAACUAUCUUGAUAAGCCUCUGCAUAUUCCUGUUUUUAUAUUUUUGUGCAUUUUGUUUUUAGUACUGUACAGAGAGGAAAACCUUUUGAACUUCUUUUCACCAUUGUGAAACUCAGACAGAAAGUCUGUUUGUGUUGUUUUUAGUUUAGUAUCUCGACACGUUGUUCUUUCCAAAGUAUGUGUGGAGAAUGAAAUCCUCAGCACUUAUAUACCCGUGCCAUUUACAGGGAGCAUUAUUCUCUGUUUCCUCCUGUUCCAGUUCAGUGCUAUAUUAUGAUUGUGAUUUAGUGAGAAAACAUUGGAUUGAAUCUUUGAUAUUUACUAGCCUGUUCUCUUAGCUAUCAUAUCAAGAUGUUUUUUUCCCCUUUAGCUCUAGCUUUCUUACCCUGAAUCUUAAUUUUAAAGGAAUAGUAACACAAAAAUUAAACGUCAUCAUGAUGUCGUUCCAAACCUUUAUGACUUUAUAUCUUUUGUGGAACACGAAAACAGAAAUGUUUUUCCAUUCUAUAAAAAUUAAAAAUCUUGCCCUUCACUGUCCUCAUCUACAUAUAUUCAAAUAUCGGGCCUUUAGAUACAAUAUGUUAAUUCUGAUGUCAUUGCAAGUUGACCAAUCAUUAAACGAUUACAUGUCCAAUCACAGUGCAGCCUUGCGAAUAAGGUGAGAAGAUUAUAAUGAACCUAAAUUUGGCUAAAGUACCGUAGUGAAUUAAUUAAGUUCUGUGUAAUUUCUUGUUUUGUUUUGUUAUUUUCUGAAAUUUUGGUCAUUUUGAUGCUUUGGAGCCCAAAUCCCUAUUCACUUUCUUUAAAUGGAAAAGAGUGGGCAUUACAUGUGUGAAAAUGUCACCUUUUGUGCUCCACAGAAGGAAUAAAGUCAAACAGGUAUGGAAAAACAUGAGGGUAAGUAGUCAAAAUGUUCAUUUUUGGCCGAACCCUUCCUGGAUCGAACCAAAAUUCUGCAUUUUGAGCUUUCUUGUCCAUUAUUGUUAUUCCUACCCAUUUCAAGUCUUUAUUACCUCUUUUCUGUCUUGUACAUUCUUCUUACUCAGGUCUGGCCAGAGUUGUACGGGCAUCAUGGACUCCGCUGAUAAUUGCCUGCAUGUGAGUUCAUGUUGUCCCUGAACCAAUAGCACUCUGACGUUAAAGGGUUAGUUCACCCAAAAAUUAAAAUUCUGUCAUUAAUUAC